GUUAUUGUUAACCAAUAAAGGUAUCACUUCUACAAUAAUUUUUGUAUUUGUUUGUUUUUUUAUUUGUUAUUUUUGCUACUGGAUAACACUGUACCACAGUUUUUGUUUUGUACUAGUGCAUCAGGAAGACCAUGGGACCAUCCACCAUAUUCCUUGUGUCUCUGUUUUCCCUACUGAUCCCGGCUCACUCGGCCCCUGAUCCCACCCUGGACUCUCACUGGCAGCUGUGGGUUAAAUCGCACCAGAAGACCUAUAAGGAUGCGGAGGAGGAAGGUGCAAGACGGACCAUCUGGGAGGAGACACUGAGAUUUAUCACAGUCCAUAACUUGGAAUAUUCCUUGGGACUCCACACUUAUGAGGUUGGGAUGAACCACCUGGGAGAUAUGACAGGGGAGGAGGUGGCUGCCACAAUGACAGGUUACAUCAGCUCAGACCAUUUUUUAGCCAACAUGACUCAUGUACCCAAAGAGAUAUUACAAGCUCGGUCACCGGCAUCAAUAGACUGGAGAACCAAAGGCUGUGUCACCCCUGUGAGAGAUCAGGGAUCAUGUGGAUCUUGCUACGCUUUCAGUACCGUGGGGGCUCUGGAAUGUCAAUGGAAAAAGAAAACUGACAGACUGGUCAUAUUCAGCCCACAGGAACUGGUGGAUUGUUCCUACACUGAAGGGAACAACGGCUGUGGAGGGGGAUAUUUAUAUUCUUCUUUCACAUACAUGAAAAAGUUUGGCGUUACUGGGGAUUUACGUUAUCCAUAUACAGGAAAGGAAGAAACGUGCAAAAAGGACAAACCAAAUGGAAUUGGAGUUAUAAAGGCUGUGAAAGUAGUACCUUCUGGCAAUGAAAUCGCUCUUAAGAAUGCCGUGGGAACAGUAGGACCUGUGUCUGUUGCCAUAGAUUUUAGUCGUCAAGGGUUCCGUAUGUACAAGUCAGGUGUUUAUUAUGAUCCAUAUUGCACCACCACUGUAAACCAUGCUGUGCUUGUGGUUGGAUAUGGUACAGAAAAUGGCAAGGACUAUUGGCUAGUUAAGAACAGCCACGGAGUCGACUUUGGAGACCAAGGAUACAUUAAAAUGGCUCGAAAUCGUGGCAACCAUUGUGGAAUUGCCAGAGAUGCUGCCUAUCCAGUUGUCUAAAGCCUGGUCCUGCCGGACUAGAUUGGCUAAUGGAAUUUUAUCCACUGGGAACUAUUUCUCUUUUUUUAUGCCUAUGAUAUUAUUUUGUGUUUUUCAUUAUUAAAGGGGUUGUUUACCGUUCAAAC